GCGGAAGUCCGGCGUCUGGGCCUUCCCAGCCGGGAAAUUUCAGGAGCGGACCCACAUAAGCACCCCCGGUAUUCUGCGCCGCCCCCGCCCUGGCGCCUCACGCCUAGUGACAAGACUUAGGGGUGCAGGAGAGGAAGUAAACAGGGCGCGGCUUCUAGGGCAGAGGGGACCCUGGGCUCGCGCCUGCCAGGCAGCCCGCGCAAAGAGCCCUGGGACUCCGGGCGUUCCCGGUGUGCGGCGUGCCCGGCUGCCUCUGGAAGUGACGUCCCCGAAAGAGACGGUAAAGUCAGACCAUGGCCUACGAGGCCCUUGGGCCACUACAGCGGGAGACUCUAUCCCGCUGGGAACGGGAGCAAGCACAGCUGAAGGCCAGUGUCAUUGACUGGGAUACAGAAGCGUGGCAGCGGGAUUCAGAUUUUGCUGGUCUGCAUCGGGUCGGGGGUGUUGAUAUAUCUUUCAUUAAAGGGGAUGAUGUCAGAGCCUGUGCCUCUCUAGUGGUGCUCAGCUAUCCUGAGCUUGAGGUGUUAUAUGAGGAAUGCCGGAUGGUUAACCUAACAGCUCCCUAUGUAUCUGGUUUCUUGGCAUUUCGAGAAGUUCCAUUCCUGGUGGAUGCUAUUCAGAGGUUACAGAAGAAAGAUCCCAGUCUCAUGCCCCAGGUCCUUCUUGUGGAUGGAAAUGGGGUACUCCAUCACCGAGGGUUUGGAGUGGCCUGUCACAUCGGCAUCAUUACAGAUCUGCCUUGCAUUGGGGUAGCCAAAAAACUCCUUCAGGUAGAUGGGCUGAAGAAUAAUGACCUACACAAAGAGAAGAUCCAGCACCUAAAGAUGGGAGGAGACACCUUUCCUUUGAUGGGUGACUCAGGUACCAUCUUGGGAAUGGCCUUGAAGAGUCACAGCAAGAGCAGCAAGCCUCUGUAUGUCUCUGUGGGUCACAAAGUGAGUCUGGAGGCUGCAGUCCGCCUCAUCCAAACCUGCUGCAGAUACCGGAUCCCCGAGCCCAUUCGCCAGGCAGACAUUCGAUCCCGAGAAUAUAUCCGGAGGACUGUUGAGCUUGCCAACUCACAAGAAGCAGGGCAAGAGAGGAGGCGUGAGGGGCUGAAGGAGAAGCAUAGCCCAACUUUAUCCCCUACCAGAGGCUUAGAAGAGUCUGCAGGAGAGGAAAGGCCUCCUGAGAAUCCCAGCCCAGGACAUCCUUCAUAGCUGUGUGAGCUAGUGUCAGGCCUCUGAAACCCUCUUGUGAAUCAAGGAUGAAAGGAGAGUAGAGCUGUCGUGGACACUGAACACUCUGAACAUCUCUCUCUGGCACGUGGUCGAAGGAAAAGGAAGCUGUGUAGGACCAAAACCAGGCUCUCAGGGAACGUCUUACGAGAACUCAGUGCCGUGUGUGAUUUCAGAACCUUGAAUAACUACAGGAAGCUUAGCCAGCCGUGAUGGAAAGACCCUCUACACAAGGCAGUGUGUGUGGCCCCCAUGCUCACCACACCAGGGAUGACUCAGUGUAUGAGUGCUUCAGGGCCUUAAAAUAGCCACCCCUCACAAGACACAGCAUAAGCCCCUCACUUGUGGAAGCAGCAAUAUUUGCCAGGCUAGUUUUUCCUUAAAAGGCGUUGAAAUUAAUUGACCAGGGGGCUGAGGCUUGAAAACCAUCAUCACUUUCUGGUGGUCUGAAUACACAAAGCCAGCACUUGGAGGGAAACAGUGUCCAGCUGAAUCCUUUUCCUGUGGUGACCAAGUAUAGCCCCCUUUUAAAACUAUUAACUGUUGGACAACUGCAGUCUGCUGAUUUCAUUUGAGUUCUGAACUGGAAGCCCCGGCCUGGUCUGAAGCAGGCCCAGCCUACAACACCACACUAACACCAUCAUGCCUGUGGUCACGCAGCCUUAGGAACAGCCAGUCCAUGUGUUCAGCAGAAGACAGAUUUCAAAAAGGCAGAGAGCCAACCUCUCUCUGGAAAACUUGUGAGGCUUUUUUUUUCCAUUUGAAGACAAGAAAUGGGACUCACUUUUAAAAGAAAAAAUUCAAAUUAAAAAAAUAAUGACCUAAUUUCUGUCUACCCAUUGUUACCUCAUAGAGUGGGUGAUCAAUACCUUUCUGCCCCUUGCCCAGCUCUCUAACAUACCAUGGACCAGCC